AUGGCGCCACCAGAUCCUCACUCGUGGACGUACACAGACUAUGUCUGCUUCUUACGAAGUCACGGCUUUCACAACCUCGCGUGCCUUGACGGAUAUCUUCAGUGGGGAGUAGAAGCCGGGCGACUCCCUGCUGCUCAGCGUCCUCAACAAUCAACAACAAUUCUGCUCGAGUUCGGAACAUCGAGUUUCAGAACAUCGGAUCUCUCAGACACCGCGAAACUGAGACUGUUGUUGAAGGAAUGGACCAGGAAACGCCCACCGAAUGCUCCAGCUGUGCCAGCGUCCGGCGUUCAAGGCCGGAUUGUCAUGGUCAACAACAUCAGUCCUGAGGUGGUGGACAGUCUAGGAGGGCUACUCAAUAUUGAGCCAGCGUUCUUUGCUGCGCAUCUUGCUGACCACGGCAUCGGGAACGUCGGGGAGGUCAACACGGCAUCCCCUUUGGCGUCACAGAACGUACGCCUUCAGAAAGACUUCUUUACCGUCGAAUAUCCUUGUGCAUUUGUCGUCGCAAACUGUGGAAAGGAUGUUGACAUUGAUAAGCUCUACUGCAAGGGGAACUAUCGGCGAAGAGUGGAGGUAUGCUCGAAGUAUGGAAAAUCAAAAGUCGCUCUGGCUCGUCGGAAGAUCUCAUUCUACAUGAAGAAGUCUCUCGAUCAAUGGUUGUGCAUCGUCCUUGUCGAUCCACCCAUCUCAUACUUCACACUCGGACUUGAAUCGACAUUUGGGGCCUUCUCUCCCACAGCGCGCCUUGAUGUCACGGGCUAUCAUGGAGGCUAUCUCGACUUCAUUGAGCACAGACGGCCUCCUACGAAAGAAGAGCACGACUUUCGCGAAUGCGGAGCAAGGCCCAUGUGUCCCAAUCCAUUCGACGACCUGUGUCGACAUUGGCAGAUCAUGGCCCGAGAUGGCCUGAUCAACCCAGCGGACAGAAACCUGCUCAACAUCAUGAAACCAGCAUUCCAGAUUGCUGCAAGCGAAUGCAGCAAUUUCUUCGACUAUAUCCGCGCCACGCUUGAGAGCCAAUCCGUUUCGACUUCGUUGACAGCCGACCCCUCGAAGACAAAGAGGAUACUCGAUAAAUGCAUCUCUCUAGACUCAAUGCUCAGCCGGUACAAACCCAUCCUGACGCGCAUCAAGUCAUUCGUCGGCGCGGACGCGGAUCUGACCGAGGACUACCGCAGCCUUCUGGUCGACCUCCACCACUACCGGGUCGAAUGCGACUCACAGAUGCAGCAUGUUUCCGUCGUCUCACAUUGGCAAGACAGCGCGUCGUUGACCGCGAUCGAAACCGAGUCAGUCCGCCAGGCCGACUAUUCGCGAUAUCUGACGAUAAUUGCAUUGAUCUACGCGCCAUUUGCGCUGGCCUGCGCCAUCUUCAGCAUGCCACAUGACUUUGCGCCAGCUGCACACUAUCUAUACGGCUUUUUGCCUGCCACGGCCGGCGUGACCCUGGUAUUUCUGCUGCUCGUUUUGCCCGAAGCAAGAGAUCCACUGCCGAUCCUCAAGGUUGCUUUGUGCGGUAAGUUAAGCAGGAAGAAAUUGCUCGCGAAACCGAGCACCCGCAGUAUGCCGUCCAUGGUGAACGAAAAGAAAUAUGCAGAGGAUGUUUAA